AUGGCCUCCUCCCCCUCGAUGCUCACCAAGUUCGAGUCGAAAUCUUCCCGCGCAAAGGGCAUCGCCUUCCACCCAAAGCGACCAUGGAUCCUCGUCUCUCUUCAUUCCUCGACCAUACAGCUGUGGGACUACCGCAUGGGGACGCUUAUAGACCGCUUUGAAGAGCACGAUGGACCCGUUAGAGGCGUUGACUUCCACAAGACACAACCUCUCUUCGUUUCUGGCGGUGACGAUUACAAGAUCAAAGUGUGGUCGUACCAAACAAGGAGAUGUCUCUUCACAUUGAACGGCCAUCUUGACUAUGUCCGGACUGUCUUCUUCCACCACGAGCUACCGUGGAUUAUCUCGAGCUCCGACGACCAGACCAUCCGGAUAUGGAACUGGCAGAACAGAUCGCUGAGUAUGUCUGAACCUAGCGAUCAGUGUGAUAGUCUGUAUGCUAACGAUCCCAGUCUGUACUAUGACCGGCCACAACCACUAUACCAUGUGCGCCCAAUUCCACCCCAAGGAGGACCUGGUAGUCUCUGCGUCGCUGGACCAGUCAGUAAGAGUUUGGGAUAUCUCGGGACUGCGCAAGAAACACUCCGCGCCUACCUCGAUGUCGUUCGAAGACCAAAUAGCCCGGGCCAACCAGAACCAGGCGGAUAUGUUUGGUAACACCGACGCAGUUGUUAAAUUCGUGCUGGAGGGUCACGAUCGCGGCGUUAACUGGGUCGCGUUCCACCCUACACUGCCAUUGAUUGUGUCAGCUGGAGACGACAGACUGGUCAAGCUGUGGAGAAUGAGCGAGACCAAGGCGUGGGAGGUGGACACUUGCAGAGGGCACUUUCAGAAUGCGUCUGCUUGCCUGUUCCAUCCGCACCAGGACUUGAUUCUGUCUGUUGGCGAGGACAAGACUAUCCGUGUGUGGGAUCUGAACCGUAGGACUUCAGUUCAAUCUUUCAAGCGCGAAAAUGACCGUUUCUGGGUGAUCGCCGCACAUCCUGAGAUCAACCUCUUCGCAGCUGGCCACGACAACGGUGUCAUGGUCUUCAAGCUUGAGCGCGAGCGCCCAGCCUCCGCGGUCUACCAGAAUAACCUGUUCUUCAUCACGAAGGAGAAGCAUGUCCGCUCAUAUGACUUCACAAAGAAUGUCGAGAGCCCGUCCAUGCUUUCACUGAAAAAGCUUGGCAAUGCCUGGGUCCCGCCGCGAACACUCUCAUACAAUCCCGCCGAACGAUCGAUUCUUGUUACCACACCAGCAGAUAGCGGCAAUUACGAGUUGAUGAGUCUCCCACGGGAUGCAUCGGGCGCUGUCGAGCCCACAAGCACACAUCGCGGAACUGGUAACUCGGCCGUAUUCGUCGCACGAAACCGUUUCGCUGUCUUCAACGCCCAAAAUCAACAAAUCGACAUCAAAGACCUCCAAAACUCGACCACGAAGACCAUUAAGCCUCCACCUGGCACGACCGACAUGGUAUUCGGAGGCACUGGCUGUCUGCUUCUCAUCGCUCCAAACAACGUCUACCUCUACGACAUUCAGCAGAAGAAGCAACUCGCGGAAUUGGCUGUUGCCGGUGUGAAGUACGUGGUAUGGUCUGGCGACGGGCUACAUGCCGCGCUCCUGAGCAAGCACAACGUCACUAUUGUCAACAAAUCUCUGGAACAGGUCAGCACCCUGCACGAAACGAUCAGAAUCAAAAGCGCUGCUUGGGACGACGCUGGCGUCCUGUUGUACUCCACCUUGAAUCACAUCAAAUACGCCCUGAUGAAUGGCGACAACGGCAUUGUACGCACACUUGAGCAUGUGGUCUACUUGGUCCGUGUCAAGGGCCGCAGUGUGUACUGCUUGGAUCGCGCCGCGAAGCCAAAGAUUCUCACCAUCGAUCCAACCGAGUAUCGUUUCAAGCUUGCACUCGUCAAGCGGCACUACGACGAGAUGCUCAACAUCAUCAAGACUUCUAGCUUGGUCGGACAGAGCAUCAUCUCCUACCUCCAGAAGAAGGGCUAUCCGGAGAUCGCACUGCAGUUUGUUCAAGACCCACAGACUCGCUUUGAGCUUGCCAUCGAAUGUGGAAACUUGGAUGUUGCCGUGGAGAUGGCCAAGCAAAUCGACAAGCCCCAACUCUGGCAGCGAUUGAGUACCGAAGCUCUCGCCCACGGCAACCACCAAGUAGUCGAGAUGACGUAUCAGAAGCUCCGCAACUUCGACAAGCUCUCGUUCUUGUACCUAACUACUGGCGACAAGGAAAAGCUGCAGCGAAUGGCCAAGAUUGCUGAGCACCGCGGCGACAUGACCAGUCGCUUUCAAAAUUCAAUCUACCUCGGCGACGUAGAAAAUCGGAUAGAGAUGCUCAAGGAGAUUGAUCAAUCCCCUCUUGCUUACUUGACGGCAAAAUCCCACGGCUUGGAAGACGAGUGUCAGGCCAUUCUCGAAGCUAGCGGAUUGACCGAGGACCAAAUCACUUUACCAAAGCUUGGUAAGCCUGUGUCGCCUCCCAAGGUUGUCGCACCGACAUUCAAAGCGAAUUGGCCCACGAGGUCCACGGGCGCCAGCUCGUUCGAGAAGGCCCUCAUGACGGGCGGUGACGAGGCUGUCGCUCCAGACACCAAUGGCUACGCAGAGGAAGAGCUACUAGCAGAAGAGGAGCUAGCACCAACAGGCGCUCUUAUUGACGGAGAGGAUGAUGAUGCUGCUGCUGGCUGGGACAUGGGCGAUGACGCUGUUCCUGAAGUCGAGGACGAUUUUGUGAACGUCGAAAGUGCUGAAGCUGGCGCUGGCAGCAGCGAGGCGGAUCUUUGGGCGCGGAAUUCGCCUCUUGCGGCAGAUCAUGCGGCUGCAGGCAGCUUCGACACUGCUAUGAACCUGCUCAACCGACAAGUCGGCGCCGUGAACUUCAAGCCACUCGAGGAUCGAUUCAUGGAGAUAUACCAGGCCACUCGGACAUAUCUUCCAGCGAAUAGUGGCAUGCCACCGCUCGUCAACUAUGUGCGGAGAACACUGAACGAGACCGACUCUCGAAAGCUUCUGCCAUUGAUCCCACGAGACCUGGAGUCGGUUCAAGCCACCGAGCUUACUACCGGAAAGAACGCGAUGAAGGCCAACAAGCUUGAAGAUGGUGUUGUCGCCUUCAAGACGGCUUUGCAGUUGCUUAUGGUCAAUGCGGUCUCAUCACAAAGCCAGGCACACGAAGCACAAGCCGCUGUAAAGCAAGCGGCACAAUACGUCCUGGCCAUGUCCAUUGAACUCGAGCGACGAAAGAUGGUCGGUGGAGCGACUGAUCUGAGCUCAUACCCGGAAGACGAUCGAAAGCGAGCCCUGGAACUGUCGGCGUACUUCACUAUACCGGACAUGGAGCCUCAACAUCAGACCCUGGCACUCUUCUCCGCAAUGAACUUUGCCAACAAAAACAAGCAGCUCGGCAGUGUGCUGAACUUCGCGAACGCGCUCAUUGAGAAGGGUACAAAUGCCAAGUUCAAGGAAACGGUAAGCUUCCAACCUCGAUUGACGCCUUUGACAUAUGCUAACUUUACGCAGGCACGCAAGAUGAAGGCCGUCGCGGAGCGCUCGCCGACCGAUGCCCUCGAGGUUGAAUUCGACACCUUUGGCGAGUUUGAGAUGUGCGGUGCGUCGUAUACACCCAUCUACGCCGGCGAGGCCAGCACCAGCUGUCCGUUCUGUGGCAUCAAGUACCACACCAAGUACAAGGGUACCGUAUGCAAAGUCUGCGAGAUUUCGGCGAUUGGAGCGCCCAGCAGUGGUCUGCGGUUGACGGUCUAA